AUAAUGUUGGCCAUAAAGCUGAACAAAUGGCUGGAGUGGUUCUUUCAACAAUUGAAAGUUUUAAUUUGAACAUUUGUAACUUAAGGGGACAAUCUUACGAUAAUGCCAGCAAUAUGUCUGGUAUUUAUUCUGGUCUGCAAGCCAAGAUUAAAGCUGUUAGUCCACUUGCACAAUUUGUCCCCUGUUCAGCUCAAUCUCUAAACUUAGUAGGCAUAAAUGCUGCUAGUUCUUUAUCCACAUAUCGUUGGGAUAUUUUAAAGUCAUCUGUUAAAAAAAAUUUAAAAAAUGAUAAAUCUCAAAAGCCAGCUACACGCUGUGAAGCUAAUGGUAUUUUACAAAAAUUAUUGUCUUUGGAAACUGCUUUCAUGUCUAUAUUGUGGGGCCAACUGCUUGAACGUUUUAAUUUAAGUAGCAAACGAUUACAAUCUGUUGAUAUGGAUUUAGUUAAAGUUGCUGAAAUAUAUCAAUCAUUGAUUUUUUAUGUGAUUGACUUACGAACAGAUAGUGAAUAUGAACACUACAAAAAGUUAGCGAUUGAAAAGUGUGGAAUUGAGGACUUUGCUAGUACAAUGAAACGAACAAAAAAAAGAAAAACAUUUAUUGAUGAUGGUCCAGCUACAGAUGGUAGCAAUGCAAUUGAUUUUAAAGUCACAACUUAUCUGGCUAUCUUGGAUAGAAUUCAGGCUGAGCUCAUAAAAAGAAAAAAUGCAUACGAUGAAUUAAACAAGAAAUACCAGUUUUUAUUUUGUAUUACGGAAAUGACUUCUAUGGAGGUAAGAGAAAAGGCUGCAGUUCUACAGCAAAUCUAUCAGGAUGAUCUUGGAAAAACUUUUCCAAAUGAAUGUGUUCACUUCAGGGCACACAUGCUAAGUUUAAAAAAAAUGAAGAAAAUAGUCCCAGGGACCGCUCAGGAUUUGUUGAAUUUUAUAAAAGUAAAUAACCUGAUUGAACUUUAUCCAUAUGUAGACAUAGCUCUUAGGAUGCUAAUAUGUACUCCAUCUAGCAAUUGUUCUGCGGAGAGAUCAUUUUCUGCUCUUAAAAGAGUCAAAAAUUAUCUACGAUCUACAAUUGGAAUGGAACGGUUAAACUCCUUAGCCAUGCUCAAUAUAGAAUGUAAGUUGACAAAUGAACUCCAGUAUGAUGACAUUAUUGAUGAAUUUGCCAACCAACAGGCAAGAAAAAAAUUGUAA